CUAAAUAAAAUGUAACAUGCAUUUUGUUUGAUUCCUCCUAUUUUGGUAAAAUAAUUAACAAUUUGCAAAUUCUGCAAGUUGUAUGUGUGUGUGUGUGUGUGUGUAUAUAUAUAUAUACAUAUAUAUAUAGGCUAGUGUGUUUGUAUGUUACCUUUUACACUGGAUGUCUGUACAUGAUUCAGUGAUUCAUGAACUUCUAAUUAAGAUUCAGUGAUUUCCUCUAUUUUUCAAUACAAAGAACGUAUUCAAAACGUGUCACACCCUGCGGCAUAAACGGUCUACUUCAAUAUGCACCACAUGACAUAAGCCUAUGCUUGUAUUUGUCCCGUUAGCUUGAGUUUAGGGAACUCCUCUGUGUCUCACGUCUGUCACGUCUGUUGUUCACUCUGGUGUUACACAAACUAAUGCCGUGAUUCGUAAAAGUCACAGCUGAACUUCAAAUAACCACUGUCUGUGAAUGUUUUGCUCAUUUACAGCGACCAGUUCAUUAUUGAUCGAGUGCAAGGACGCCAGAGGCUCUGAAGAGGUUUUGAAGAGCUUAUGUAACAGUUCAUAUCCUAAUAUGAUCGCAAGGUCUUUAAUUACGCGCAAGCACUCUCAUCUUUUCACACCUCAGUCUGUCCUCCCCCUAAACACACACACACACCAGUAUAAAGGCCGAGCCCUGCGAGCAGAAAGCAGGCAUUUGAGACGGCAUCCACCCAUAGGCACUUCGUCAGCCCGGACACAGCCUCCUCCUACCUCACCAUCGUACAGGUCUCCAGCCUCGCCAGACUUAAAUCAGAAUGCCUCCCUACGAGAAAUCAAUGGAAAUUACGCCUUUCAAGCAAAGGAAGUGCUUAGCAACAAGGAAAGAUGAAGUCUGCACUAUUCGGUCUAAGUUCCCCAACAAAUUACCGGUAAUUGUGGAGCGAUACCUUCGGGAGAAAAAGCUUCCCCUACUGGACAAAACCAAAUUUCUUGUCCCACAUGAGCUGACAUUAGGACAGUUCCUCAGUCUGCUCAGAAGUAAGAUAGCGCUAGAGGCAUCUCAAGCUCUGUACCUACUGAUCUCAGGAAAGAACAUGUCCUGUUUGUCAGCCAGCAUGGGAGAAGUUUACUCCCAGUUCAGAGACCCCGAUGGCUUCCUCUACAUAACGUAUGCAUCCCAGGACAUGUUCGGAUGAAAAGACCCUCGAAAAUGAGUAUGACGCAUAGAUCACCUCACACACGUCAAGACUGACGCCUCUUUGAAAUCAACUCACUUUUGCUGCUAAAUGAAGACUCUCACACCUAAAACCACACCGACCACACAGACUUGCCGAGAGAACUCUUCUGACCUCAUCUGACCUAGUUUAGGUUUCUUUGAGGCUAAUGUUGAAGUAUAUUUAAAGAGGUUACAACUGAGCCAUCUAAUAUGAAGAACAGAAAAGUGACGUCACUUGCACUACUUCUCAAGCCGCUCAGUCAACACAAAAAAGGAAGUCUUGUCCCUCAAAGGACCUGGGAUGUCCUGUCACAAUGAGACAGGUUUUGUUCGAUGCUGGUUUCCUUUCCUUGUUCUUUCUGUGACUGUGCAUCUGUGCUCCUAAAACAAACACAGAGGAAACGGACAAACAAAAAACUAUUUAAGCACCCACUGGAAUGAAAAUGAGUGCAAACAGCACAGUCAUUAUGUACUCAGCUUCAACUGCGGUUGGAAAAUGCUCAAUA